AUGUUCGUCAGAAAGCGCGAUGGGCGCCAGGAGCGCGUUCAGUUCGACAAGAUCACUGCUCGCGUCUCCAGACUGUGUUACGGUCUGGACACGGAGCACGUUGACCCUGUUGCCAUUACCCAGAAGGUCAUCUCCGGCGUGUACGGUGGCGUGACGACCGUUCAGCUCGAUGAUCUGGCUGCCGAGACGGCCGCGUACAUGACCGUCACACACCCCGACUAUGCCAUCCUUGCGGCCCGUAUCGCCGUCUCCAACCUCCACAAGCAGACCAAGAAGCAAUGGUCUGCCGUCGUCAGUGACCUGUAUCACUACGUCAACCCCCGCAAUGACAAGGCGUCACCCAUGAUCUCGACAGAGACGUACGAGUGCGUCAUGAGGCACAAGGAGGAGCUCGACUCCGCCAUUGUCUAUGACCGCGACUUCAACUACCAAUACUUUGGUUUCAAGACGCUCGAGCGAUCCUACCUGCUGAAGCUCAACGGCAAGAUUGUUGAGCGCCCGCAGCACAUGAUCAUGCGCGUUGCUGUCGGUAUCUGGGGUGACAACAUCGAGCGCGUCAUUGAGACAUACAACCUCAUGUCCAGCAAAUUCUUCACACAUGCCUCACCAACACUCUUCAAUGCUGGUACUCCCCAGGCACAGCUCUCGUCCUGCUUCCUCGUCGACAUGAAGGAGGACAGUAUCGAGGGCAUUUAUGAUACCCUCAAGACGUGCGCCAUGAUUUCUAAGAUGGCUGGCGGUAUUGGCCUGAACGUGCACCGCAUCCGUGCCACCGGAUCCUACAUUGCCGGCACCAACGGCACCUCCAACGGUGUCAUUCCCAUGCUCCGCGUGUUCAACAACACGGCCAGAUACGUUGAUCAGGGCGGCAACAAGCGCCCCGGCGCCUUUGCCAUUUACCUGGAGCCGUGGCACGCCGACGUGUUUGAGUUCCUUGACCUGCGCAAGAACCACGGCAAGGAGGAGGUCCGUGCUCGUGACCUGUUCCUGGCCCUCUGGAUUCCCGACCUCUUCAUGAAGCGUGUCGAGAAGAACGGCGACUGGACUCUCAUGUGCCCCAAUGAGUGCCCCGGCCUGGCCGACUGCUACGGCGACGAGUUUGAGGCCCUGUACGAGAAGUACGAGCGUGAGGGCAAGGGUCGCAAGACCAUCCGGGCUCAGAAGCUGUGGUACUCCAUCCUGGAGGCCCAGACCGAGACCGGAAACCCCUUCAUGCUGUACAAGGAUGCCUGCAACCGGAAGAGCAACCAGAAGAACCUGGGAACCAUCCGCAGCUCCAACCUGUGCACUGAGAUCAUCGAGUACUCCGCCCCCGACGAGGUCGCCGUGUGCAACCUCGCCUCCCUCGCUCUGCCCGCGUUCGUUGAUUACACGGAGGGCUGCUACGACUUCAAGAAGCUGCACGAGGUCACGCAGGUGGUUGUUCGCAACCUGAACCGCAUCAUCGACGUCAACUACUACCCGGUCCAGGAGGCUCGCAACAGCAACAUGCGCCACAGACCCAUCGGUCUCGGCGUUCAGGGUCUUGCCGAUGCCUUCUUGGCUCUGCGCCUGCCUUUCGAGUCCCCCGAGGCCCGGGAGUUGAACAAGCAGAUCUUUGAGACCAUCUACCAUGCCGCCCUGACGGCGUCGGUGGAGCUGUCGAAGGAGCAGGGCCCCUACUCGACCUUCAAGGGCUCGCCUGCCUCCGAGGGCAUUCUUCAGUUCGACAUGUGGAACGUGAAGCCCUCCGACCUCUGGGAGUGGGACAGCCUUAAGGAGCAGAUCAAGGAGCACGGUAUCCGCAACAGUCUGCUGCUUGCCCCCAUGCCCACGGCCAGCACCUCGCAGAUUCUGGGCAACAACGAGUGCUUCGAGCCCUACACGUCCAACAUCUACCAGCGUCGCGUCUUGGCUGGCGAGUUCCAGGUCGUCAACCCGUGGCUGCUCAAGGACCUUGUCGACAUGGGUCUCUGGUCUGACGCCAUGAAGAACCGCAUCAUUGCGGAGAACGGCUCCAUCCAGAACAUCCCCAACAUCCCGGCCGACAUCAAGACUCUGUACAAGACGGUCUGGGAGAUUUCGCAGCGACAUGUCGUCCAGAUGGCGGCUGACCGUGGCGCUUUCAUCGACCAGUCUCAGUCCCUCAACAUUCACAUGAAGGAUCCCACUAUGGGCAAGAUCACCAGCAUGCACUUCACCGGAUGGAAGCUGGGUCUCAAGACUGGCAUGUACUACCUGCGCACCCAGGCAGCUGCGGCACCCAUUCAGUUCACUGUCGACCAGCAGGCUCUGAAGGUCGCCGACACCAACGUGGGCAAGGAGAGGGUGCUGAAGAAGCGCACGGCUCCUGCGGGAACCAGCUACAUGUCCUCUCCCUCGGCGGUGCCCCGCGCCUCAUACCUGAAGGAGGAGGCGGGCAACUCGCUGAGCUCCAACGGCAUCCCGACGCCUAGCACGACGCCGCCGCCUGCCUUGGCAGCCGAGGGUAAGCCCCGGGUUGUUGCCUCACCGAACAAGCCCUCGACCAUCAAGGCCGAUGUCGAUGAUGGCGACAGCCCCAGGGUGCUGCCCACCGAGCCUUCUGACAAGAUCAACGACGAGGAACUGGUCGAGCCCGGCAAGAAGCCUGCUGGUGCUCAGUCUGAAGACAAGGACGAGGACAGCGAGGAGAGGGAACGCGAUAUCUACUCUGAUGCCGUUGUUGCUUGCAGCAUUGAGAACCCCGAGUCCUGCGUCAUGUGCAGCGGCUAG